AUGCCAGCCAAGGAUCGACCUCAGCGCUCGGCGACGGCCAAAGGCAUCAAGAAGAACAAGACAACCCUCGUGGUCGGACUCGACUUUGGAACCACUUUCUCUGGCGUUGCAUACGCCCUCUCGACAAAUCCUCAGCAAAUAAGCAUCGUAUCGCGUUGGAAGGGCGAACUGUACUAUCAGACCAAGGACAAACAAAAGGUGCCCAGGGUUAUUGCGUAUGAUAAGUCUGGUCAGCCCAUCGCCUGGGGCUAUGAGAUUCAAUACUCGCACACGCCACUCAAGUGGCUCAAACUACUCCUCGUGGAGGAGGACGAAUUGCCAUCACACCUAUCCAGCUCAGCCGAGUACAAGUCAUUGAAGAAGCAGAUUAAGGCGUUGCAGAAAAGCCCCGUCACUAUCAUCGGCGACUAUCUUCGCCUCCUUUGGGCCCACGCCUGGAGUCAGAUCAAGGCGGCCCUAGGGGAGUCGUUUUUCGAAGCUUGCAAAAUCAAGAUUGUCGUUACCCUCCCUGGUACGAGCGUCUCGACAAUGUCCUUGAUCGUCCGCAAGAGCACAGAUCUUCUGGAUUUGGUUUCGCUCGGCGACGAGCUCAGGCUGGUCGACUGGUCGACUGGUAUGGACACGGUCGGUGUGCUGGCCGAAGAGCUCAUCGACUGUGUUGCCAUGUCUUCCGAGUCGGCUCGAGGCGAGUCGACCCCCGGUGUUUCUGUUUCGGCGCCCUCCAUCGGCACUCUCCCGUCGUGCAUCGUGCCGGUGCUUUGGGGUUUUGUGUCUUGCCUCGCGGUGUCUGCGUCUGCGUCUACGGCACAAACAGACGAAGUGCGUCGCCUAGAAUGUCCAUCGACUGAGAAUGCUCCUGAGUCGAGCCUCAAAUUGCCUUAUCCGGAACACUGGACAGGUGACCGUUCGCGAGCCACAUAUGAUUAG